CAGCAUUUGAAUAUCCAUGAGCGUUAAACUUGUCAGGUUCACCAUGUAUCGCAUAGUUGUCGUCGCGUUCGCACUUGUGUCGCUGACAGCCGGCGCAGCACUGCCUGAUGAGUCUCAAGCAAGAAUCAUAUCAUACGACAGCACGAGUGAUCCAGACGGGAGCUACAAUUUCAGCUACGAGACAUCCAAUGGCAUAACUCGUUCAGAAUCGGGACGUUUAGUAAAUGUCGGUCAAGAAGACGAGCAUAUUGAGGUCUCAGGAUCAUACUCAUACACAGACACUGAUGGCAAACCAGUCUCCGUUUUUUACACAGCUGAUGAAAAUGGAUUCCAAAUUCAGGGACCAGUGCCAGUGAACCGAGACCGAUACUUCCAACCAAACGUAGUAGCCUCUUUAUUGGGAAAAUAACGGCCAGCAGACUUAAAAAAGCAA